UUCUCUCUUCAAUCUCCAUUGACGUAAUUCCACAGUUUAACACUCGUAAAGUAUGUAACACUCUGUCUCUUUCAAGAUUAGAUGAACGAAAGUUCACGUCGGACUCCAGAGUAUAAGUGCUUACUUGUAAAAGGUUUUGCUUUUCUCCACUCUCUCUUUCCUUACAUUUAAACUUCUCGUCGAGUUGCAUCGUUGACAACAACAAAGUAGUAUUUCCACUUGCAGAUAGAAAGCAACCUCAACGUGUAGUGACAUUCUGACGAUGAGUGAACAGAGCAUGUUACAACUAAAAGUUUAUCCCACCACAUUUUAAUGGCCUUUUUCCCUAAUACUUACACACUAACAAAUUAAAUCGAGAUGCCUUCUACCUGUGGAAAAAUUGCCGAUUUUACUUGUCUACCAGGAUUGAUUGACGGAGCAUCAGGAACAGAUAGCAUUGGGACAUACAGUGAUCUUUCAGAAAAUACUACUAUCCUAAUCAAGCCUAAGAUGGACAUAGCAUGUAUUAUAGAUCUCCACCAACCAGAGCAUCUGGCUCAGAGAAAGAAAGCCUUUGAAGAAAUAAAGGACGCCUGUGGUUACAAUAACAAACUACACCACAUACAAUUUGAAAAGUUAGAUUUUGGAGAAACAAAUGCAUUGGAUACUUUUUACAAUGCAGACGUUGCAUUAGUGGAUUUAAGUGUACAGUUGCAGCAAUCUGCUUUGUUUUAUCAUUUAGGAGUACGUGAAAGUUUUGGAAUGAAAGAAAACAUAUUAUUGGUCAAUGACGUUGACUCUGAAGCAACAAUAAGAUUAAAGCUAUCUUGCGGUAGCUAUGUGUUUAUUCCGUACAAAUAUACUGAUGGUGAUGUCACAACAUCUAUACCACCGAGUUCUCCUAAAGGUGUCAAUGAAGAAAUCAUGGAUCUAAGCCAUAGACUUAAAAAACUGUAUGAAGAAGUAGAAGUGCAGACAAAGGCCCAUAUGAAGGAAAAAUUUUUAAUAGAUUUACGUAAAGCGCGUGAAUCUCUUAGUGGUGAAGAGUUAUCACAAGCUUUACAUAAACUUCGAACGAGAUUGGAUGAUCCCCAUGUUUUAUCAGGAGAAGUUGUUCUUAACGUUUUAAUGUCUUUUCGAGAUGUGCAGGAUUACAACGCCAUGGUUCAACUCGUUGAUGAUUUGAAAACAGUACCAAAUCACAAGAAUUCAAUAAAUACUCCCGCAAUUUGUUUUUUAUAUGCGUUUGCUUUAAAUCGUAGACAAAAAGAAGGUGACCGAGAAAAAGCUUUGAAGGUUAUUGAAGAAGCUUUGAAGAAGAAAGAGAAUUGUGUUCCGGACAUGUUAUGCUUGUGUGGCAGAAUAUACAAGGAUAUAUUUGUUGAAAGCCGUCACACGGAUCAAGAAAGUUUGAAUAACGCUAUAUAUUGGUACAGAAAAGGUUUUGAGGUUCAACCCAACGAAUAUGCUGGAAUAAAUUUGGCCACUCUCUUAGUAAUUGCGGGCAAUGAAUUUUCAAAAAGCGAAGAACUUCAGCACAUUGGCAUGGUUCUAAAUAACUUGAUUGGAAAAAAGGGAAGUUUAUCAAGUUUGAAAGAUUACUGGGAUGUAGCGACAUUCUUCGAAAUAAGUGUUCUCGCCGAAGAUUAUACAAAAGCUUUAAAGGCCGCCGAGUGCAUGUUCAGGUUAAAACCACCAAAUUGGUACCUGAAGUCUACAAUUGGUAAUAUAACGCUCAUUGAUCGAUUUCGCAAAAAAAAUAACGAUGAUACCGAAACUCAUCCAGAAGAGCAAUUUUUUGCCUUUUGGAUGGAAUAUUUUGUCGAAGCAAUAAAAACAGAUGUUCAGGAUACCAUUCGAUUUCCUGUAUUGAUAUUAGAACCAACGAAAAUUUUGUUGCCAAGUUACAUAAUUGUGAAUCUUGGAGCUGAAGAAAAGUCAAUACAGAUUUCAAAUUUGUGCCUUGAGACUGAACAGAAAAAUUGCAAGCACGUUCAUAGUUGGUUGUUCAGUGCCAACAUGAUACGUAGUGUUAGUUUUUACAAAAGAGACGAAAGAUGUUUAUUUUUAUACGUUCAUCAAAAUAGUGACGAUUUUCAAAUAUAUUUACCAUCGAUGGCCUCUAGAAAAAGAUUCCACGAUCUCAUCUUAGAAAUGACUGCGGAUCAAGAAGGAAUGGUCACUGAUUUAGACGCUUAUAUGGCCGACGAUUCGUCAAAGGUCAAGUUUGAGUAUGAACUAGAUGAGCAGAAUAAACGUGUUAUUCUUGGCAAGGGCACAUUUGGCGUUGUUUAUGCUGCUCGUGAUUUAAAUACGCAAAUAAGAAUUGCCGUAAAGGAAAUACGUGAGAGAAACCUUGGCGAUGUGCAGCCCCUGCAUGAAGAAAUAAAACUGCAUAGUCAACUUCGACACAGGAAUAUUGUUCAAUAUUUGGGUUCCGUCAGCGAGGAUGGCUUCUUCAAAAUUUUCAUGGAGCAGGUUCCUGGAGGAAGCUUAUCAGCCUUACUCAGAUCUAAAUGGGGCCCAUUGAAACAAAACGAAUCGACGAUCUCUUACUACACGAAACAAAUUUUAGAAGGCUUGAAGUAUUUACACGAUCAAAAUAUUGUUCAUAGAGAUAUAAAAGGUGAUAAUGUGCUGGUAAAUACUUACAGUGGAAUUGUUAAAAUCUCGGAUUUUGGUAUGUCCAAGAGAUUGGCUGGCUUAUGUCCAAGCACAGAGACGUUUGCUGGUACUUUACAGUAUAUGGCUCCAGAAGUUAUCGACAAAGGUCAGCGUGGUUAUGGAGCUCCAGCUGAUAUAUGGUCUCUUGGAUGUACCAUUGUCGAGAUGGCAACUGGUAAACCACCGUUCAUAGAAUUAGGUUCUCCUCAGGCUGCUGUUUUUAAGGUCGGAUACUAUAAAAUUCAUCCAGAGAUUCCACCAGAGUUGUCAGAAAAGGCCAAAAACUUCAAUUUACGUUGUUUUGAAGCUAACCCUGAUAUCAGAGCAACAGCAGCUGAGUUGCUGGAAGAUCAGUUUUUGUCAGAAAAAAAGAAAAAAUCGAGGCUCGCUGCUCCUCCUGACUUUAGUCGCAGUAUAUCAGUACCUGCCGAGAAAGUGGAGAAACUCGUGAAAAAUGAUAAAACAAACAAUAAUCACAUAGUCACCCAAACCCCCAUGUUGGCUUCUCAAUCGGACGAGUGCGUUUCACACAAUGGAGGACAAACAAAAUCGUAUCGAUUAAAGGAGCGUAGUCAGGCUCGUCUUCUUUCUCUUAUCAGUAUGCCAACCGCAAAUCCAUAUAUUUCGUCAAACAGCCCCAGCAUAAUCGAUACGACGCCAGUGAUAGAUAUGAGUGAAUCAGAGUCUUCAACAAGGAGAAGCUCAUCUGGAGGGCUUUUAUCGCCGGAGGUUGAAAUAACGGGUCAAAAAAGUGGAGAAGAUCAAGAAGGUUUUUACUUACUUAAGAAAGAUGGUCAGCGACGAGUAACGCUUACACGUGUUUUGAGUCAAGAUGAAGCUAAAAUUUGUUCGCUGUGGAUGAGAAAAAUUCAGGCUGAAGUAGGACAAAAGACCGUGUUAGAAAUGUAUCACUUGGAGACCUUGUUCAGAGCUUUAAAAGACUUUAUAACUGAACAAAAUCGACAAAUAAUAACUGUAGUCAUAAGUAAAUUAAAAGAAGAACUGGGCUUUGAGUCACCAUCACUGAUUCAAUUACAUUUUGCCAUAUACUUAUUUCACAGUACAGUUAAUGAAGUACUUCGCAUGCACAGCAUAAAACCUCAUUGGAUGUUUACCUUGGAUAAUUUGUUGAAAAAUACAGUUCAAACUGCUAUUAGCGAAUUAGGAGCAAAUUUGCUCGGUCAAGAAAGAGGUCAGCUAGCCGCUGAAGGAAUAGAAGAUGGAUCGACAUCUGGAAUUUCCACAGUUAAUUCCGUGAAAUCGCAAAAAACCGGUGAUUCUGAGGAACAUAAAUUUUUGCACGAAUAUCACGACCAAAUGGGAUCGAUCAAAGACGAAAACAUGAAGCUCUUGCACGAACUACUCGAGAGCCAAAGAUCUUAUCAAACUCUCUUGAGUCAAGCGUUGGAUGAACAAAAUGCACAAAUAAAAAGUCUCACUCAAUUGUGUCAAAGUAUCAACCACAAAAUUGUUAAAAAACCCAUUACAAUUCCUCAAAUCAGUGUAACAGACCGUGAUGAGUGUGAGUCUGUGUCAACAGCAAAUGCAGAAUUGAUACGUUGGUUACAAAACUUGAACGUAGAUACUGAAACGAUCGGAAGGUUUAUUGAGGAAGAAUACAGCUUAGAGGAUGUGCUAGACUACGUUACUAGAGAAGAUUUACGCAGGCUUAAUUUAAAGGGUGGUAUCGAGUUAAGGAUAUGGAGAGCUAUAUUAAAACAUCGAGACAGUAUAUAAUCAAGCAGAGCAACAAACGUUUUCGUUGUAACGACGACAAAAAUGCCUUAACAGUAUAACUGUACUAACAUAAAUAGCGAUAACAAUGGAAGAAUUAAUUUAUAUUCACAAAAUUUUCACAAAAAUUAAUUCUUUGAUAGUAUAUAUUUUGAUAAACAAGUUGUUCCCAUUUUACCAACAGCUGUUGAAUUUUCGCACAAUAGUUUUACUCCAUCGAGCAAUUCUAUUUUUUAUACAAUAUUUUAAUCUAAUACGAUUUUAAAACGUGUCUUCCAUCGAUGAGAAACGUCUCAUGCUUAAACCAUUGAAUGCUUAUUUUAAUGCUAGUUGUGUUUUUAAAUUAUAUUUAAACGAGUUGAAACAGUAUUGUAAAUGAUUUAUCUUUUAUUAAAUUGUUAAUAAAUAUCCGAUAAAGCAAUUAAUUUUGGAAUUAUUUUUAACUGAUUUUGAUCUUGAUAACAAUUACAAUUGCCUUACUCUGUUAUAGGUUGGGAAUAAAAAAACUGAUGAAUUUUUUAAAACUAACAUUUUAAUAUUAAGUAUAUAAUAUUUUUGUAUAAGUAAUAUUUAGUCCCACCGCCGCAAACGAGUUGAUGCGAACUUUGUUUUACGCAACAAAUAUUUGUUCUAUGUACUGACCAAACGAAGUGCCUGAUCAAAUAUACAUUUUAACUUUCGCAAAAAAACCUGU